UCCUGUUUGGGACCGUCUGCCCGUGGGCCUGGGUUCAUAUUUGUCCAUUCGUUUCGUGUUGCAUCAAACCGCCUCGCCUCGCUCACCUGCUGCUACUGCUGCUGCGGUUGCCUUUUUCCACUCUUUUUACCUUUUCCCUCUUCCUUUCUUUUCCUCUUCAAACAAUUUCGUCUUCUUUUUUUCUCUUCAUCUUUGUUUUUCUUGUUGUUCUCUUCUUCGCCCUCCUUUCGACCACUACUACUACACUACUAUUACAACGACACAUCCGACACUCCUUUGUUACGACAUCCGAAUUGCACACCCACAGCUCGCUCGAGCCGAUUUUACUAUAUUCUAUACACAUCAUGGCUUCCCCAAGUCUGUCCAGCAGGGACAACAUCCUCUCCCCGGAAAUGGUGGACACCAUGAUUGCCAACGGCGACACCAUCAUCAUCUUGGAAGACCACAUUCUCAAGCUCAACUCGUGGCUGCACAAGCACCCCGGAGGCCGCUUGGCCAUUCUUCACAUGGUGGGCAGAGAUGCUACCGAAGAAAUAUCAGUGUACCAUUCGGCUGCCACCCUGCGCACAAUGAAGGCUUUCCGGAUAGGCCGGAAGCCAACGGGUCCAUGGCCCAACCGCACGCCGCCAAUCAGAGGAGGCGUCUUUCAUGCAAGCAAGACACCUGCUGAAGAUGCCCAACAGCCUCUACUAAACUCCGAAGCUAUCAAUGACGCCGAAGAAGCUGAAACUGCUGCCGCCACUGCCGCCGCUGUGACGACUACACCUGCUCCCGCCUCACCAGCAGCCCUUCCCAGUAUCAUCUGCACCGAUAUUGAUGAAGCUUGGUCGUCUUCGCUCGCUCCCCCUUCGCCCAGUGACACCACGGCCAGCAGCACCUUUUCUCGCCGGCUGAGAAACAACAGCGGAAGCUACUCUGCGUCUGAAGUCGCCACCGAGACUUCGUCUCUUGACGGCGAUGAUGCUUCCUCCAAGCCCCUCACAAAGGCCGAGGCCUUGACCCAUCCCGACAAGUGGACGGCAUGGGCCAUGCUUCAAGAAGAAGAAAAGGACACCCGCGAUUACCCUUCUGUCGAUCCCGCCGUCCAGCUAGCCAUUACCGAAAAGUACAAGAAGCUCCACGAGACGGUCCGCGAGCUGGGCCUCUACCAGUGCCGCUACAUUGAGUACGGCAAGGAGAUGACACGCUAUGUAACGCUCUUUUGCCUCUUUCUCUACACGCUUCACUUGGGCUGGUACAUCCCGUCGGGCGUCUUUCUUGGUUUGUUCUGGCAGCAAAUCAUGUUUACCGCCCACGAUGCCGGCCACACGUCCAUCACGUCCAUCUUUGAGAUUGACACGCUCAUUGCCAUCUUCAUUGCCGACUUUUGCUGUGGCCUCUCCAUGGGCUGGUGGAAGAGCAGCCACAAUGUCCACCACCUCGUCACCAACCAUCCCGAGCACGACCCCGAUAUUCAAAACGUCCCUCUCUUUGCCACCUGCCCCUCCUUCUUCAAGUCUAUUACUUCAUCGUACUAUGACGGCUUUGUCUUUGUCUGGGACGCCGCCGCCGACUUUCUUGUGCCCUACCAAAAGUAUACAUACUACCCCAUCAUGGCCCUCGCCCGAUUUAAUCUUUACUUUUUGUCGUGGAACCAUGUUAUUUCUAAGCGAAGUGGUGCCCUGGCUGCCACCAAGGCCUGGUGGAUUCGCCCGACGGAGAUUGCCUUUAUGGCCUGCUACUGGUUCCUCUUUGGCUACCUGCUUGUCUGGCGCUCGAUUCCUACAUGGACCUGGCGAGUCGUCUUUGUCUUGACGUCGCACCUUGCCACGAUGCCUCUGCACGUCCAGAUUACGCUUUCUCACUGGGGCAUGUCGACGGCCAACAUUGGCGAGACCGAGUCGUUUCCUCAGCGUCAGCUGCGCACCACCAUGGAUGUGGACUGCCCCGAGUGGCUCGAUUUCAUUCAUGGCGGCCUUCAGUUCCAGGCCAUUCACCACUUGUUCCCUCGUGUGCCUCGCCACAACCUGCGCCGCGUGCAGAAGCUGGUCAAGGAGUUUUGUGCCGAGACGGGCAUCCCGUACUCGACGCUCAGCUUUGUCGAGGGCAACAAGAAGGUCAUUGGCCGCCUCCACGACAUUGGCGAGCAGGUCAAGGUGCUCAUUAGCUGCCAACAGUACAUGGCUGCGACGGGCGAGAGUGGCCUCCACUAGUUUCUUUUUUACGACACUUAAUAAUCUCUGGCUCUGCGGUUUUCAUACAUGGAUUUAGCCAACAGCAUGCAUUGUUUCAUAGAUCAGGCUGCCUCUUUUUUAUUGUUAUUCUUUUCUUCUAUUGUUACCUUGUUUUCUUUGUCCCCAUGACCAAUUGUAGAGAUCCUCAACCUUUUUGCCUUAAGUAUAGUCAUACGUGUUUACCC